ACAAUUAAAAUAAAAUUAAUAAACAAAAGGAAAAUUCAACGAAAGCAAUAAAAUAUUGAGAAGCAUUAAAAACAGCCACAAACGCAGAAAAGAUCCACGAAAUAAGGCAACCAAUGAAUGACAAAAUUAUUUGAAAAUGAGUCAACAAUUAAGAAUCAAUUAAUUAAAAAAUUAAUAGAAAGUUGAGGGAAGCUCCAAAACCAUAGAAUUGAAAAAAAAAUUUAGAAAUUAUAAAUAAAUAAAUAUAAAAGAAUAGAACUAAAAAUUUCAAAUCAUAUAAACAAUUAAUUAAAAAACUUUGAAAUAGCAAAAACUUCAUAUAAAUUAAUUGAACAAUAUUUCCAAAAACAGUAAGAAUUUUCGCUUAGAAAUGUUAUUGAAGCAGAAUUUUGUUUAUAUUAAAUUACAAAAUUAAAAAUGCUAGAAAUAAUUAAACAAUUAUUAAAAAGUUAAAACCAAUGAUGAGACGUCUAAAUUUAUAAAAAUUAAAAUAAUAACAACUAUUAUUUAAUUCAAGGAAAACUUUUUAAAAUCAUUUCAUCAUCUAAAAGAUUUUUUCCUAUAAACAGCAUAGAAAAUUGAUUCUCGCCUAAUUAUAUGAAAACAAGUUUACUCAACUGGAUGUUUGGAAAAUGAGACAUACACUGCAUUGAAAAGUUAACCGCCUUGCAGUUCAUUUUUAUAAAAAUAAUUGUUUGAAAGUCAAACGUCCGUGUUCGCAAAAGCUGGCCGAAAUUCAAGCUUCUCCAAAAUGCCACACUGAUAUGGCUGAGGGCUGCGAGGAAACCGAUAGCCAGUCAAGCAACCGCAAAGCCGAUAACGCGCCGACCAUGCUCGGCACUGUCCUGCCAUGCGAAGCCGCCAUUACCGCCGCCUCACUGGGUACCAGCACCAACUCGAAUGCCGGUGGUGGCAUCGUCAUUAAACGCGAACCAACCACCAACUCUAGCGCUUUCGGAGAUGCCAGCGUACAUCAUUUGAGCGGCAGCAUAUCGGCUACCGUCAGUUUGACCACAGCUGGUGUGGGCUCAUCUCCCAGUCCAGGCGGCACACCGCCGCCAACCAUAACUGCAACAACCGCACAAUACUCACCGAACGGCUGUCGACCGACAACACCUGCGCUACACCAACAACAUCACCAGCAACAACGCAUAACGCCAACACCCAACACUGGUAUACGUGUGGGUGGCGCAUUGACCGCAGUCACUGCGGUGGUUGGUUCCUCCUCAUCAUCAUCGUCAUCAUCCUCAUCUUCCAAUUCAUCAAUGACUUCAUCGACUUCGUCCUCCUCCUCGACUGCCUCGUCGUCGACGACAGCAGCAGUGGCACCCAAUUCGAACGCCAAUAAAUCGCCUUGCAGCAUAGCUGGCUCGCCGUACUCCACAUCAGCGGUGGCGUCUUCAGUACGCGGCGGCAUAUCGCCAACAUCGCCGGCACUAUCAGCAGCAGCGCCGGGAACACCAAGCGGUGGUUUGGAAGUCAGUAAUGGCAGUUGUGGCUCUGCGGCAGCAAAUAUAAAUGGCGCUACCGUGGGUAGCGUAUUGAGCGUGGCGCCAACUGCUGGAGUUACGGGUGAUACGACAGAUUUGUUAAUGAGGAAUCCUGCAUCACCUAGUGUGGUAUUGCAACAGCAGCGCUCUCCCUCGCCAACGGCUGAGCAGUCAACAAUGUUGCCACAUGUGGCACUCAACAUCAAAACUGAAUCGGACUACGAAAAAGAGAUCAUAAGCCAUAAAAUCAACUCACCGAUUAGUAAUAAUAAUAGUCUACAUGAACUGCACAAUCAGAACUCCUACGAUAAAGACCAUCAUGCCAAGGAGCUGGAAUUCUAUCAAAGUUUAGCUAAGGCCGCCUCUUUGGCCAAUCAUAAUGAAGUCAAUUCACAUCACUCCCACGAUUCACAUGAAUUGUCGCCCUCCACCUCGCCACAACCGAUGCAAAUCGAUACGGAUGUGGGUGAGGAUCAGGAUGAGGCGAGAGAUCACCUCAAUCGUUUGUCCGAUGUGGAGGAUCAUGACCAACAACAACAACAUGCGAAGGCGUCCGCCUCAGCUUUGGCGGUAGCCGCAGCAGCAGCACAAGCGCAUCUAAAUGGAACUAUGCAAGACAUGAUAAAUUUACAAAAAUUACAAAAUUUAGCCACGCUUCAGCAGCAGCAUCAGCAACAACAGCAGCAGCAAUUGCAACAUGCCACUGGCGGCAAUGGACUACACCAACAUCACCACCACCAUCAGCAUCCUCAACUGCACACACCACCUGGCGGGCCCACCACACCGGUCAGCGUCAGCCAGAGUGUCACACCAGCGACGGCCGCAGCACUGGCAAGUCUUCAGGGAUUAGCAGCAGGUAUCAGUGCUUCGGCAGCCGCCGCAGCAGCACUCAAUUCACCGCUCAAUUUGACGGUUAGCUCCGGUGCGAUUGGUGGUGGUGGGCUUAGUGCUUGUCUGCCACCAAUUGGAGCCACAGGUUCACACAGUGCACCCUGUUCACCCACCUCGGCGCUCUCUGCCUCUAAUGUUCUGGCCGCAGCCGCAGCCGCCGCCGCAGCAUCGAACAAUAAUAAUAAUAAUAAAGUCAUGUCACAUGCCGGUAGCUCAUGUGGGAGUGGGCAGGAUGCAGGAGUGAGUGGCGGUGGAGGCGGCACAUCACCCAACUCGAGCUCUAUGCAGGCGCAGACAAUGGCACAGAAUACGUUGGCUAAUGUGUUGAACUCGGCAGCGGCAGCCGCAGCAGCCGCGGCGGCAGCUGGUGCAGCAGCAACGGCUUCACCUCCGCCCGCCAUGCCGACACCAGCAACUGGCGGACAAAUGCCGCAAUUGAUACUCGCAUCGGGACAACUAGUACAGGGCGUUCAAGGAGCACAGUUGCUCAUACCGACGGCGCAAGGUAUCGCCGUGCAGACUAUCCUCACCAUCCCUGUUAGCCCGCAAAUAAACACCAAUGAGCAAUUUCUUCCGAACUUUGGGGCCUUUGCUUCAUUCCAACAACAGCAGCAGCAGCAGCAGCAGCAACAACAGCAACAAGCGCUUUUGCCACCCUCUCUGCCGCCGACACUCGCAGCCCUACAACAUGCCUCAACAUUGCCACAACUCGCCCAAACACAAACGAAUUUACUAAAGCCUAAUCUUUUCUCGAGCAGCGUACAACAGCUUCUGGCUGCCCUUCAUCCGGAAUUGUUUGCUGCGGCUGCCGCUAAUCAGCACCUACAUGCCUCGACGCAAGCGAGCCACCAUGCUUUGCACCAUGCGCAGCAACAACGCGGGGACCAACCGCCGGGCGCUCCACCAUCACAUCUCACCCACCUGCCACCACCACAUCACCAUCUGGGCGCACAUACGCAUGCAUUGACUGGUGAUUUGCAUUUGGCGGCAGCGGCAGCUGCAGCCGCGGCACGUGGUGGUGAAAGUGGAGUUCAUUCACCGUCUGGCUCGCCAUCUCCGCACCGUAGUAUUAGCGGCGGCGGCUCGGAGCGAGGAAGUAAUAAUAGCUCGUCGUCUGGUACAAAAGCAGCCGCAGCAGCAGCGGCCGCAGCUGCAGCAGCCGCCUUCCAUCUGCAACAGCAACUGCACAUUAAACAAGAAGCUUCGCCGCGUCAUCAUCAUCAUCAUCAUCAUGGUUUGCAUGGUCACCACAGCGGCACACACCACCACCCGUUACGCCACCCAGCAGAAGAGCUCGCCUCACCAAAUAGGGAAAUCGGCAAGUCAGCCAGCACAAACUCUAUGGCCGCUUCAAUGCAUUUGCCACCGGAUGUAAGCGCCUCACCACCUCCAGGACUGAGUUCGCACCACCAUCAUUUCCAUCACCGCAGCAGUGGGCUAAGCAGCGGUCACACACAAAAUUCGUCACCCUCACCCCGACCAAAUUCUUCGUCCACCUCAACAUGUACUAUGACGCUGCGGGACCGUGAUAGAGAUAGGGAUAGGGAGCGUGAGAGAGAACGGGAAAGGGACCGCGGCGAGAGAGAACUGGAACGAGAGCGAGACAGAGAGCGGGAACGUGAACGUCCCGAACGCACGGAAGCACACCUUAAACGCAGUCCAACACGCAACACUGGAUCACUAAACAAUGGUCCGAGUGCUGGCAUCAAUCUCAGCCAACAUGCCAUCAAACGAGAACGUGGGCAUUUGAGACGUUCAUCUUCCCCCGUACUCAGCUCUACCGCCAACUCCACACAACUAUCAGGUACGGGUCACAACUCUUCCUCCGUUGGCAGUACGAAUACCAACUCAAGCACAGGCAAUGGCGUUACAGUUUCAGCUUCAGUAACAUCCGCCUCAACAUCCGCAAUGGGCAAUCAGCAUCACCAACAUGGGCAUCACUCCCACCACCCGCACCAAAGUCAUCAUCAAUCGCAACAUCACAGUCUGACACACCACCAUCCGCAUUCGAUGUCGUCGGGCAUCACAACAAGUUCGGCUUCCGCGUCAACGGCCGGCGGCGUGUUGUCAUCUUCAACGUCAACGACAUCCAACGAAAGAGGCUAUUCAUCUCCUUUGCGCAGCUCGGCUGGUCAAUUGUUCCGUACCCACUCACCCUCGCCCUCAUCAUCGUCAGCGGCGGCGGUGGCGGCUAUCACACAUCUGCAUCAUCAUCAACAUCAACAACAACAGCAGCAACAGCAACACGGCCAACAUGCACACAAUAUGAGCUCACCGCAUGAGCGUGAUUUCCUCGGAAAUGGCGGUGGGUUAAGAACAUCUCCGCUGAGCAUGGGUGUAGGUGGCGGCGGAGUGGGCAUGGGUGGAGGACCAUCUUCAGCAGCCAACAUGUUGAACAGCAUUAAUAGACUUUCCGCCUCGGUUAACGGCGAAUUGACCAUAACAAAAUCACUGGGUCCACCAACUGCUACGGCGAUACGUGCAUCCUCUGCUUCGCCCACCUCGCCAGGCCUCAGCUCGACAACGCUUGGCAUAAACACUUCGUCCGCCUCCCAUUUGAUGCAUCACACGCACCAUAGCAUGCACGGGAUGAAACUAAGUCCAACGACCAGCUCUUCACUGCAACGCGAACGCGAACGCGAACGUGAGCGAGAUCGCGAAAGAGAGCGUGAGCGAGAGCGUGAUAGGGAACAUGAACGUGAUCGGGAACGCGGUGGCGGCGAUCAUCCCUCACAACUCUCCCCCAACGGUACGGAGGGCUCGAGUGGUGCUCACGAUUUGCUGAUGGAUUCACCGAAUGAGCCCACCAUCAAUCAGGCGACCACCAAUGUCGUCGAGGGCAUCGAUUUGGAUGAGAUUAAAGAAUUUGCCAAAGCAUUUAAAUUGCGUCGUCUGUCGUUGGGUCUCACGCAAACACAGGUCGGUCAGGCAUUGUCGGUGACCGAGGGACCAGCUUACAGUCAGAGCGCCAUCUGCAGUGCACUCGCCGCACAGAUGUACGCCGCCCAAUUGUCGUCGCAGCAACAGAACAUGUUUGAAAAAUUGGAUAUAACGCCGAAAAGUGCACAGAAAAUAAAGCCAGUCUUAGAACGUUGGAUGAAGGAGGCCGAAGAGAGUCACUGGAAUCGUUACAAGUCCGGUCAGAAUCAUUUAACCGAUUACAUAGGUGUGGAGCCGUCGAAGAAACGCAAACGUCGCACUUCAUUUACGCCGCAAGCUUUGGAGCUUCUAAAUGCGCAUUUCGAGCGCAAUACGCAUCCAUCGGGCACCGAAAUCACCGGUUUGGCUCAUCAAUUGGGCUAUGAACGGGAGGUGAUACGCAUUUGGUUCUGUAAUAAGCGACAAGCGCUGAAGAAUACGGUGCGCAUGAUGUCCAAGGGUAUGGUAUAAGGAGUCUGAGCAGAGCGCGCAGUUUCAAAGGAUGAGCUGUUGGCUGAAAUGGAAUGACAAGAAAGCCUAAAUACACAUUUAAUUGAAAUUGCGCAGUUGAAUGUAUGCGGAUUAUGAAUAGAAACCCUUUUUGAAGAAAAUAUAUUUUUUAAUUAUUUUGUUGAACCUUUAAGAAUUCUUAUAAAAAAACAUGCCUCUUAAUUUUAAACUUUUAAAAACCUUCAUUUUUACAUAUAAAGAUAUAAUUUUGUAAAAUAAACUUAUAAAACUCAAUACUCCAAUGACUAGAUUUUACUACAGAGAAAUAGCAACAACAUAUGUUGUAAAAUACUAAAAAAAAAAAUAAAUACCUUUAAGCACGAAAAAAAUUCAUUCUUAUUAAUACAAGUAUAUAAUAUGAGAAAAAUAAUUUUUUAUAACUAUUAAAUUAAUUUAUCCGAAAACCACACACAUUGUACUCAUACAAGCAUAAAUAUAAAAAUUUAAUAUGUAAUAUGCAUGUACAUAUAUAUUUUAGU